UUUAUUCUAACAAAGCCCUCCGCCGCCUCUGUUUAGCAGCAGCCUCACAGACGUCGAUCCCGCCGGCGAGGCAGAUUUGUUUUCCGCCACCGCUCCUUCACUCCGCGCGACGCCGCACGCAGCUUAUUCACUGCUUUGUGUUGUUUUUCCUAAUCCGAAAGCCUCUAUUUUGUUUCCAGUCUAAACCACACAAAAGAAGGACGCUGACUUUAAUUCCAUUUUAUCCAGCCGACUAUCCACCGCCUCUGUUUCUUGCUGAAUUCUUAUUUAUUCUUGCUUCGCCUCCACCAUCUUCAAAGCUCCAGGUUGAAUUCGAACGCAGGUAUGAUGGCAGAAGAAGCAGGUAUGUUCAAUGUUACUCAGACAGUUGGCAGCGUUCUAUGCUGCAAAUGUGGUGUAUUGAUGCAGCCGAAUGCUGCCAAUAUGUGCGCCAAGUGUUUGCGCUCUGAGGUUGAUAUAACAGAGGGGUUGCAGAAGCAUGUUAUUAUUUGUCACUGCCCGGAAUGUGACACCUAUUUACAGCCUCCUAGAACUUGGGUCAAAGCGCAACUUGAAUCGAAAGAACUUCUAACUUUCUGUGUGAAGAGGUUGAAAAAUUUGAAUAAAGUUCGCUUGGUGCAUGCUGAGUUUAUUUGGACCGAACCUCAUUCCAAGAGGAUCAAAGUCAGGCUGACAGUUCAGAAAGAGGUUCUGCAUGGAGCAAUCCUUGAACAAGCGUAUACUGUUGAGUAUGUUGUCCAAGAUCAGUUGUGUGAAGCGUGCUCGCGUAUUCAGGCUAACCCUGAUCAGUGGGUGGCUUCAGUACAGCUAAGGCAACAUGUUUCUCAUAGAAGAUCUUUCUUUUAUCUGGAGCAGCUUAUUCUUAAGCAUGAUGCUGCCUCCCGUGCUAUAAGAAUUAAACAAAUGGAUCAGGGGAUUGAUUUCUUCUUUGGUAAUAGGAGUCAUGCUGUGAAGUUUGUGGAGUUUGUGGGUAAGGUAGUGCCAGUCAGAAGUCGUAAUGACAAGCAACUUGUGUCUCAUGAUAUCAAAAGCAAUAACUACAAUUACAAGUAUACUUUUUCUGUUGAAAUCUCUCCAAUAUGUCGCGAGGAUCUCGUUUGUCUCCCGCCAAAGGUAUCUGUUAGUUUGGGAAAUCUCGGUCCGCUUGUGAUCUGCACUAAAGUGAGUAAUAGCAUUGCUUUGCUGGAUCCAUUCACUUUGAGGCACUGUUUUCUGGAUGCUGAUCAAUAUUGGAGGGCAUCAUUUAAGCCUCUGCUUACUAGUAGGCAGCUUGUGGAAUAUAUAGUUUUGGAUGUUGAGCCUGUCUCCUCUGAAGUUAAUAUUGGUGGCUCAAAGUAUGUCAUGGCAGAUGUUCAAGUAGCUCGCAUGUCUGAUUUUGGGAAAAAUGAUAUAAUGUUCUCUGUAAGAACACAUAUAGGUCAUCUUUUGAACCCUGGGGACUAUGCCUUUGGUUACGAUUUGUAUGGAGCCAACAAUAAUGAUAUUGAGUUAGAGAAAUACAAAGGCCUUGUCCUCCCAGAAGUGGUAUUAAUAAAGAAAAGUUAUGAAGAAAAGCGGCAGAGGAAGAGGGGCAAGCCUCGAGCUUGGAAGCUCAAGUCUCUUAAUAUGGAAGUUGAUGACACUGGCAGAGGAAAAGACAAUGAAGAAAAGAUGACUUCAGAAUAUGAACAGUUCUUGAGAGACUUGGAGGAGAAUCCUGAAAUGAGGUUCAACAUAUCAUUGUACCGCAAUAGAGAAUACCAACCCUCAGAAAUGGCAUCUAUGACUGACGGGGAUGAUUUCCCAACGAUUCCUCUGGAGGAGCUUGCUGGUCUUCAUUUGAGUGACGGUGAUGAUGAUGAAGGCGAUGAUGAUGACGGAAUGGCAGAGUGAAGCCAUGGCUGUCUUUCUACGAUUAAGGAGUUUGAAAUAUGACCAGAAUAUCAAAUUACGGUUUCCCUCUUGAAUCUAUGGUGUUUAGUACUUACUAUUUCAAUUAUGCAUUUGUUUUGGAAUGUUGCGUAGCAUAUCACAGCUCCCUUCAAUUUCUUCUUUUUCUUGAAAUCUUUUUGUUUUAGUGAGUGAAGAAACUUAUGAUGGCUUGAUCAUUAAUUGAUUGGGUUUUCACCUUGCAUUUCUUGCUGCAAUU